AUGUUGUACACUCCGUACAUAAUCGUGGCACCGCUGUUGGCCUACGAAGAUGAGCAGCGUCUCAGUCUCUCCACAGAGCUGCACAUAGCCGGAACUGCUUCGCUUGGACUAUCAAUGCGACCGCGGGAUGGUGACCAGCUUGUGUUGUUCAGGUCAAGAGUUGAGCUUGACGGAUCUACACAGAAGGGAGGCCAGAGGGUCUGCACCAAAACUUGCAUCAUGACAGACCCGUAG